CGUGUUGGGGGAGGUGGGAAGGUGUCGUUCUUCUUUGCCAGCCUCCCCCGUCCGCCAUGUUUUCUGGCCGGGUCCUCCUUGCUCUUUCCGCGUAAGGAAAUGGCCGGGGGGUUUCAGAGAACCCAGGUGCCGUUGCCUCGGAGGAGCCCGGGCUGACGAGGCAGGGCAGCGGGGUAAACCGGAGCAGUUCUGCGCGGGGUGGGGAGGCCAUGGCGUCCAGCAGUAACUGGCUGUCGGGGGUGAAUGUCGUGCUGGUGAUGGCCUACGGGAGCCUGGUGUUUGUGCUGCUAUUUAUUUUUGUGAAGAGGCAAAUCAUGCGCUUUGCAAUGAAAUCCCGAAGGGGACCUCACGUCCCUGUGGGACACAAUGCCCCCAAGGACUUAAAAGAGGAGAUUGAUAUUCGACUAUCCAGGGUUCAGGAUAUCAAGUAUGAACCUCAGCUCCUUGCGGAUGAUGAUGCAAGACUCCUACAGCUGGACACCCAGGGAAAUCAGAGUGUGUGGCAUCCUCUUGGAGAAUACUUCAGUUGUUACAACUAUUUAUACAGGAUGAAAGCUCUAGAUGCCAUCCGUGCCUCUGAAAUCCCAUUUCAUGCUGAAGGCCGGCAUCCCCGUUCCUUAAUGGGCAAGAAUUUUCGCUCCUACCUGCUAGAUCUUCGAAACACUAGUACUCCUUUCAAGGGUGUGCGCAAGGCCCUCAUUGAUACCCUGCUGGAUGGCUAUGAGACAGCCCGCUAUGGGACUGGGGUCUUUGGCCAGAGAGAGUACCUGCGCUAUCAGGAGGCCCUGAGUGAGCUGGCCACAGUGGUCAAAGCACGAAGUGGGAGCUCCCAGCGACAACAUCAGUCAGCAGCCAAAGACCUAACGCAGUCUCCUGAAGUUUCCCCAACAACCAUCCAGGUGACAUACCUCCCCUCCAGCCAGAAGAGUAAACGUGCCAAGCACUUCCUUGAAUUGAAGAGCUUUAAGGACAACUAUAACACACUAGAGAGUACUCUGUGAUGGCGUUGAAGGACUUGCUGUUGAUGGAGCCAGAGAGACUGCAUUGUGCUUGCCGGGUGCCCCUCAGGUCAUCUGGAUCAGCAGGCCCAGGCUGGAUCGGCUGAAGCUCCCGGUCGUGUCCAGAGCUCUUAGAGCUCAUGCCUAGAGAAUCAUUCUCCAAACCUUCCUUAUGGCCAGUUUCAGAACAUCAGUUAAGACUUUAUUUUCCCUUGGUAGCACUUUAUUUCUGGAGUUGAAAUAAGAUUUUUUUUUUUUUAAUGUUUCUGUCUGAGCUUCCUUAAAAAUUCUCACUUGGUUUUGAUCAUAGUUCAUCUGCCUUUUUCUAGACUAUAAUCCCAAGGCUGAGAGAGUUGGGGUGACAGACAGGGGAAGAAUGGUCAGACCAAUGCACUGGUCUGACUUUAUAAAUUAAUAAAAUAAACAAUUAAGCAAUAAAGUAUAUGAUUCAUUCA